GAUUUUCCCAUUGCCGCUCUUUCCUUCCGCUUCUUUUGGCUGUUCAGAAUUCACUUAUUUAAAGUCCCAAAUCUCGACCCAUUUUCGCACAUCCUUCUUCUCCCCCACAACCUCAACAACCUCUUACAACCUCCAUCAACUUCAACAAUACUUUGAUCAGUCAUCUAUUUUCAUCUGUCGCAUAGGAUUUUCGAAUACUAUCGUCGUCGUCGAUAUCGCACAACGCGCACUCUUCAUAGCAACCACACUUCACAACAAAACACCCAACCAAAGCUUCCACUACCGCAAUUAUGCCAAAUUGGAAGUCUUAUGAAGCAACCGUUCGCCUCCUCAGCGCCAUUGUGGCUGCCCAUCCAAAUCUCAAACUAGAUUACGCAGCAAUGGCAAAGUGGUUGGAUGAUGGUACCACGGCAUCUGCUCUCGAGCAUAGAUUUCGACCCAUCAAAGCUGCUGCUAAGAAUGCCACCGCCGAUAAAUACGGUGAUGGUGUUACAGGUAAGGCUAUAUCCACUCGCUUCGAAAGAAUGCGCAAGGAAUCCGCUUGGGAUCUUAACUCUCCGCCCGGUACUAAUGAUUUCCUAGGUACAACACCCAAGAAGGGUCGUGCUCAGCGAACACCCAAGAAGAACGCCAAGAAAGCCGCUGUAUCCAGCAACGAGGAAGGAGAUGAUGAUAGCGAUAUGGAAAUGCCCACACCAUCUAAGAAGGGUUCUCCGGUCAAAAAGGAAACCAUCAACAAAGUCAAGGGCGGCCGCGUUGAGAAAAAACCCGCUACUCCUAGCCGUGCUGUGAAAAACGCCAUCAAGAGCUACGUCGAUUCCGAUGAUGAUGGAGACGAUGAUUUCAUCAUCAAGGACGAGGAUUUCAGUGCUUAUGAUUUUGGUCGCGCUGCAGAGGGUGAUGAGGAUAUGCUUGCUGGUGGUGUAUUUGAUGGUGGAAAUGGAAAUGGUCAUGGCUAUGGCCACGGAAAUGGAAAUAAUGUUGCUGAGGAGGAAGAUGUUUUCUACGACGACGAGUCCUAGAUUUUUUUUUCAGUUUGUAACGGAUGUUGUGAUUGCGAUGGAACAUCGAAUAGCGCGAUAACGACACAGCGAUCACAAAAUCAUGCAUGCUACGACAUUCGGAUCCUGGAUGAUUUAUUUUCGUUGGCUCAGACACGACAACCCUUUUCAUCGUCUCACCUCUACUUCAACUUUCGACGUUUUCCUCUUCUCGCCUAUUCUUCAUGCAAAUACUUCAUUUCAUGAAUACAAUUAGGGGAGGUCCUCAUCUUAUUACGCUUUCGACUUUCGGUUUUUUUUUCCUUUCACAGUUCACUUCGUCUGCUUGAUUUUUCCCUCCUCGCUUGCUUCCCCAUUGCAUAUCCACGGCCGAAAUUUCCCUCCCUCUAUUUCAACACGUCUAGAACCCGCUUUUGUCAAUUCACCACCUUCUCUAAACUCUCUCGCAACGCCCGCUCGACGAACUCUCCCUCUCUCAGAGCCAAACAUCGAGAAGAUGUUUUCUGGUAUUUACUUUCCAUGUCAUACCAACGAGCUAAUUCAUGCUUUCGAUCCGAGUCUGAGAUCUCACCAAGGAGCUUGCCUUUCGUCGGUUAUGGUUCGAGGAGUACGAGUGCGAGUGGAUGGAUGGAUAAACAUGCAUUCGAUAGCAUCUUAUCUCAUCUUUGAAAACUUGACACCAUUUGCUGGAUUCAGAUUCAGAUUCACCUUUCUUCGACUCAAUACAAUUUCUCACGCGGGGUGUGCGAGGCGACACGAUAUGAUACGAUAGAUAGGACACACCCACUUGCAACCGGAGUCGAUUUCUCUCUACUUCCCUGGCCCUUUGUUUUAUUUCAUUUUCCUUUCUUUUCCUAGGUUCGCGUCGCGUUCAGGUAGUUGAUUGAUUCAUUCAUUCAUGCAUCCAUCUCUUUCUAUUCAUUCGGGUAUGGAUAGUCAGUUGGUCAGUCAGUCAGUUAGUCAAUUCAUCAGUCGAUUCCUCAUUCAAAUCCUCGUUUAAUCCAGAAUGACGAUGGUGUUUGCAACAUCUUAGGAGGAAUAUCACGGUUUAUUUCAUUCGCUCAUUCAUUCAUACAUACGUACAUUCACACAUUCCUAGGUGGCAGAUAGAUGCAUGGAUAGCAGACACGCAAAUUCAUACACUCAUCCAUCCAUCCAUCACAAACCCAUUUCUUCAAUAAUUAAGAAUGAUAAUAUCACAGAAUGAAUGAACAAGGAUUAAUGAAUGAAUCACAGCUAGUUAUCCCACACAGAAGCAAUCAAUAAAAAGUUUUGCGA